CCCGAAUCGAUCUUUUUGUUCUCCCUUCCGUCUUCGUUUAGCCACAAAAAUAACUCAUUAUUUAAUUCCUUCAUUUUUAUUUCCCCUUUCUGUCCAGGAGGAAUCCAAACCCAACCCUAAUUAAGAGAAGUAGGCUCGCCGUUCCUUUCCCAUUGACGGCGGAUUUUCCAUCGAAUUCUCAAACCAAACUCGGAGCCGAUCAAAUUCGCAGCAAACCAAACCCAGAUCGUUGGCGCGCGAAUCUAUGGGAAGAACAAACGAAUUCCUCUGUUUUUCUCUCUCUACUAAUCGCCGGCGCGGAGCCGUUUGGCGUUGAGUUGCUGAACCUCCGGCGCCCACCCUACCGCCCAGCCUUCAUCAAUCUUCGACAACUCCGGCGCCCAGAUUCUUCUCCACCACCCAGCUGCACCUUGACGAUGCUGGUACCGUUGACUGCCAAACGCCCAUGUCGGCUGAACUAGCUUCCAGUCUUCUUUUCAACCUCUGGAACAUGAAGGAGCCACUCAUACGGAAGAACAACGAUUACCCGGUAGCCACAACAUCCGUGGAAGAAGAUGGUUUGCAGCAGCAGCAGGGCAGGAGUGAGAGCUUGUGGAUGGUUUAUCUCAGCACAUUUGUCGCUGUUUGCGGGUCUUAUGUAUUCGGAUGCUGUGCGGGAUAUUCAUCGCCAACACAAGAUGCAAUCAGGGAAGAUCUCUCCUUGUCUCUGGCCGAGUAUUCUAUGUUUGGUUCAAUUCUGACGUUUGGGGCAAUGAUUGGUGCAAUCACAAGCGGAUCAUUGGCUGAUCUCCUGGGCCGAAAAGGGGUGAUGAGACUGUCAAGUGCCUUCUGCGCUGCAGGCUGGAUUGCCAUUUACUUUGCUGAGGGAGCAGUGGCACUGGACAUUGGCAGAUUGGCAACUGGCUAUGGGAUGGGAGUGUUCUCCUAUGUGGUGCCUGUUUUCAUAUCCGAAAUAGCGCCCAAGAAUCUUCGAGGGGCUCUAGCUACUUUGAAUCAGGUUAUGAUCUGUGGUGGAGUUUCGGUAUCAUUCAUUAUAGGCACAUUCCUAACGUGGAGGGCGAUUGCUUUAACCGGACUCGUCCCUUGUGGAAUCCUGCUUAUAGGACUGUUUUUCAUCCCAGAAUCUCCUAGAUGGCUGGCAAAGAGAGGUCACGAAAAGGAGUUCGAGGUUGCAUUGCAGAAACUUCGGGGCAAGGAUGCUAAUAUUGCGGAGGAGGCAGCUGAGAUUAUGGAAUACAUUGAAACACUCGACCGCCUUCCUAAAGUAAAGAUGCUGGACUUGUUCAACAGAAGAUAUCUACGAUCAGUCAUUAUUGGUGUUGGGUUGAUGGUGGCUCAACAAUUUGGAGGAAUCAAUGGAGUGUGCUUCUAUCUCAGUAACAUCUUCCAGUCAGCAGGUCAUAAUCCAAACACUAAUAAGAAUCUGUUUGAAAUUCUGCAGGUUGUGGUGACACUGUUAAUUACACAAGUGAUUGACAGAGCAGGAAGGAAGCCCCUUUUACUGGCUUCUGGAUCUGGUUUGGUGCUGGCCUGCUUGAUAACAGGCCUUUCAUUCUACCUCAAGGUCAAUGAAUUGGCUCUGGAUUAUGUUCCCGUGAUGGCCGUAACUGGCAUACUGUUAUAUAUUGGGUCCUUUUCAGCAGGGAUGGGCGCUGUUCCAUGGGUUAUCAUGUCUGAGAUAUUUCCAAUAAACAUCAAAGGAGCAGCUGGAGGUUUAGCAACACUAGUUAACUGGUUUGGUGCAUGGGCAGUUUCCUACACAUUCAAUUUCCUCAUGUCCUGGAGCUCCUAUGGUACAUUUCUUGUUUAUGCUGGAAUCAACGCGCUAGCCAUAGUCUUUGUAAUCAUGGUGGUACCAGAAACAAAAGGAAGAACCUUAGAACAGAUACAAGCAGCCAUUAAUGGUUAGAAUGCAAAACAGUUUUUUUUAUUGGACAUGGUUGAAGCUCCGAUUGCCCGGGUCCAUUCGUGCAAUGUGAAGUUGAAAGCUGGCGUUUCUCAACCGAAAUAAAUAUGCAGAUAUGUAUUAGACUACGUACAGGAGGCUGCACAUAGCUGAGAUCUUUGAGUUUCCUUUCCAACGUUGUUCUGACCGUCCGUUGAAUCCAGAGAGAGAUUAAGAAAAAGCACGUCUUUAACUUUCCCAUGACUUGUCAACAGGAAUCAGUGGAGUUCAGUCCGAGAUCCCAGUUAUUUCUGGAAAAUGAAUGCAAAAUCCAAAUGAUUACGAGACGGUAAUUUCUCAGUUCAAAUAUUUGUAAACACUCAUUUUAUCGGCCAAGAGUGAGCUAGCCUCCAUCAGUUGACAGCACCUUAAUGCCUUCAAAUACACGGUAAGGUCACAUAUGAGACCCUCUUUAGCAUCUCUUCUGAAACGAGGCUCUGAUGUAAAUAGACGGUCAUAACUGAGAAGUUUCUCUUUUGUCAACCCAUUUGCAUUCAGUGUCUGCCAGUAUAAAUCAGUUCAAGAGCGC